GAUAUAGCUAGACAAAGAUCUCUGUUUACCUGAUGGUGAUGUAUCCUGAUGCGCACGACGUAAUAUUGGAGACGGCGAGGUGAACACGCAGCCGGUUGUCAAACCUAUAAGGGCAGCUUGGUCUUUCUCCAAAAUCUGACAUGGGGUUGGACAUGGCCAUGUGAUAAAUGGAUUCCCUCAGCUUAAUCAAUGGCUCCUCUGGGAGCAAAGAGCUGGCCAUCGGGGAGGAUUCAUCUGACGUGACUCUGAAUCAUCAGCUGCUAGAGCUGGGAGACAGCACCAAGCUUCUUGGGGUCCAGGUGGUCCUGAUCUUGGCAUAUUCUACCAUCAUCCUUUUGGGUGUUGUUGGGAACUCCCUGGUGAUUUAUGUGGUUUACAAAUUUAAGACACUCCGUACUGUCACCAACUUCUUCAUUGCAAACCUAGCCUUGGCUGAUCUGCUCGUCAACACGUUGUGUCUCCCGUUCACGCUGGCUUACACUCUCCUUGGGGAAUGGAAGUUUGGACAAGUGCUUUGUUUCACUCUGCCGUAUGCUCAAGGUCUCGCCGUUCACGUCUCUACAAUUACAUUAAAUGUAAUUGCACUGGAUCGGCAUAGAUGCAUCGUUUAUCACCUAGACACUCGAAUGUCAAAAGACACCUGCUUUCUGGUCAUUGCCAUCACCUGGGUAGUAAGCGCUGUUCUGGCUAGCCCACUGGCCAUAUUCAGAGAGUAUGGGAUUGUAGAUCUUUCUCCAGGUGACUCCAUUGAGGUUUGUGGAGAGAAGUGGCCUGACAGUAGUACAGACAGCACUCUAUACUCAAUCUCCACGCUGCUGCUGCAGUAUGUGUUGCCUCUGGCAAUCAUCUCUUUUGCCUACAUCCGUAUCUGGAGUAAACUCCGCAAUCAUGUCAGCCCAGUUGGUCACAAUCACAGGCACCAGCGCCGCCGCAAGACCACCAAGAUGCUGGUUACUAUGGUCGUGGUGUUUGCGGUCAGCUGGUUGCCUUUCCAUGCUUUCCAGCUGGCCACUGACAUUGACCACAGCGUGUUGGACAUGAAGGACUUCAGGCUUCUUUACACUGUUUUCCACAUUGUGGCCAUGUGCUCGACAUUUGCCAACCCGCUUCUCUAUGGUUGGAUGAACCGGAACUACCGCAGCGCCUUUGUUUCGGUUUUCCAUUGCAAGGAACAGCUUGAUUUGUUGCACGCCGAGGGCCAGGCUGCCACAACAGCAGUUCGCAUCAAACCCAGAAAAGCUUUAGAAGCCCAAGAUAUAGUGACAACACAUCUCAAUGCAACAGAUGUCUGAGGGGACAAAGGUGAGGAUGCUGAAAGGACUCCUGAUGUCAAAUCGAAUCUGUGGAGGAUUUGUCAUGGUGCGGAACAUCCUUCUGAUUUAUGUGGUUUCCAAAUUAAGACACUUCAUAGCAUCACCAAUUUCUUCAUGGUACAAAUUGCCAUGGCCAAUAUGCCUGUCAUCAUGGUGUGUCCCAUCUAUGCUGGCAGCUGGCAGAGUUUGGAAGUGCUUUGUUUCACUCUACUGUAUGCUCAAGGUCUUGCUGUCCAUGUCCCAGUGUUAGACGAAAGUGUGCUGGUGACAACAUCACAACAAUGUGACCUAGCUAAAUUCUAUGUUGUGAACUCAGUGCCAUAAAAGAGCACAGACAAGCCUUGAAGAUGUUCUCAUCUUCAUUAAUGCAUCUUCACCAAGAUCUAUAAGGUGGUUGAAUAUACUUAUACUUGAAGCAAGAAUAUUUUCAUGGAUAUUUCCAGAUCUUGCAGUCUGGAUGCCUCUCCAUUGGUAGGAAAGAUAAUUAUACGCAAUUUUGUUCAGAAGAAGGAUCAUCAUAAUGAAACCGUUUCAGAUGUUAUCAAAUGACAAAUUUGUGCUCUCCAAUCUUUAAGCAUCCAUCAUCUCAUGUGAACAUACAGGCAGGUCAUGCAUGACUCUGGAAAGUGUUAACAACAAAUUGCUUCUCCUUUCAUCUGAAAGUAAUUUGCACAGAGGAAUAGUGUGGUGGCACUUCUUCAGACUAACAAUGCCACAAGGAAUGUGUUUCUACCCCUUCGGUUUGAAUGUUUCAACACAAAUAUCUGCAUUAUCUCCUCUAUUAAACCUUGAGGGAUGUUCUGACAUUUCAAUACUUUUCAUAUGAAAAUAUUAAGAAUGAGUUUCAUCUAAAAUACUA